AUGACAAUUCUGAACCUGCCCCCUACUGUCUCCCUUGCUGGUAAAGCAGCCAUUGUGACUGGUAGUUCCCGCGGCAUUGGAGCUGGUAUUGCCAUCGAACUCGCUCGGCGUGGCGCCAAGGUUGCUAUUGUCUACCAUGCGGCCAAAAGCACCCCGGCAGCCCAGCAAGUGGCAAAGGAGAUUACCACACUCGGUGGUGCUGCAUCCUUGGUUCAGGUCGAUCUGUCGACAUUGGACUCCGGCCGUCGUGUGAUCGAAAAGGCGCUACAGGGACUGCAGGUCUCACGCAUCGAUAUCCUCGUCAACAACGCAGCAGCAUAUCCCCCCUUUCUUCCAGUCGCAGAACUCGACGGAGCAUUGUUCGAACAUGAAUUCAUGGUGAAUGUUCGUGCUCCACAUUUGCUGGUGCAAGCCCUGCUCCCUCACAUUGCAGACAAGGACGGCCGUGUGAUCAACAUAUCGUCCGCCCUGUCUCGCAUGGGUGCCAGCAACCUUUCUCUCUUUGCGGCUACUAAGGCGGCGUUGGAAUGCUUGGGCCGUCAGUGGGCGCACGAGCUGGCCUGCCCACACAAGAUGACGGUCAACAAUGUCGCACUGGGCGAGAUCGAUACCGCCGUAGAAGGUGGGGAAAUCCCUGACGAGUUUCGGGAUGCGCAGAUCGAAGGGCCCAGCGCAGCCAAGCGUCAUGGCACCAUUCAAGAGGUGGCAAACGUUGUCGCGUUUCUGGCUAGCCCGGGAGCAAGCUGGAUCAAUGGAAAUACGGUCUCCGUGAGUGGAGGUCAUCUUUACAUUUAG